AUGAGGACGUUCAAAGUGAAGCGUGUGCACUCGCCAGAUGUGGGCGGCACUCUAGAGAGUUCACGGUACAAACGGCAGCGGCUGAUUCAGGAUUUUGAACGACUGUCCAUCAAUGCAGGGCCCUCGCCGAGCGAGCCGACAGCUCAAGAGACAACGAAACUAGUCUGCCGCGAAACGGCCGUCCCGGAAGACGUUGCCGCGAAACUGGCGAGGGGAGAGGGCGUCGCACCUACCGUGGAUUCACAGAUACAUUCAACCGUGCUCGAGUGGAUACGGCGGGAAGCAUUGCAGGUUGUAAAGUGGGUCGAUUGGGACCGAUGGCUGUACGUACACUGGCUGGAAUGGUGGACGAGCAAGUUCAGCGUGGACGCAGAUGGAGACGUCGACGUUGACUUCAACGCUGUAACAGAAGUUUUCCCCAAUGGUACGGACUACCAGGAAAAUCCACAGGUGGACGACAUGGACAUUGACAUGGAUUCUCCAUAG